AUGUUCAGCCCGGACGGGGGGCUGCCGGCCGCCCCCUUCGGCCUCCUGCCCGACGCCGGGCCGCCUUUUCCCCGCGGCGGCUUCGACGGGGCGGCCGCCCAGCCGCUCUUCUUCCCCUUCGCCGCCGAGCCCGAGGCCGCCCGCGACCCGCCGCCGCCCCGCGCCUGGCUGCCCCCCCCCGCCGGGCCGCCCGCCAAGGCGGAGGCGCGCCCGGGCCGGCCCUGCCGCCAGCCCUCGCCCGAGCCCCGCGCCGCCGGCUGCUGCGGGCCCGCUUGGCCCGCACCGCCCUGGGCCGGGCCCGCCGCCCCCAGCGCCGCCAACGCCGCCCUGCCCGGCCCGCCCUUCCCCGGCCCCGCCGCCGCCGCCUUCCCCGGCCCCCAGCUCUGCCCCGCCGCCCUGCAGCCGGGCUCCGGCGGCCUCUCCGGGCUGGGCAGCAGCGGCAGCUCCAGCGGCGCCGCCAGCGAGGGGGGACACUCCAGCGACAGCGGCGACGAGGAUGCGCCAACCUCGGAAGAGCUGGAGCAGUUCGCCAAGGACCUCAAGCACAAGCGCAUCAUGCUGGGCUUCACCCAGGCUGAUGUGGGGCUGGCUCUGGGCACCCUCUAUGGGAAGAUGUUCAGCCAGACAACCAUCUGCCGCUUCGAAGCGCUUCAGCUCAGCUUCAAGAACAUGUGCAAGCUGAAGCCGCUGCUGCAGCGUUGGCUCAACGAGGCGGAGAACACGGACAACAUGCAAGAGAUGUGCAAUGCAGAGCAAGUGUUGGCCCAAGCCCGGAAGAGAAAACGCAGAACCAGCAUUGAGACCAACGUGAAGGGCACGCUGGAGAGCUUCUUCCGCAAGUGCGUGAAGCCCAGUCCUCAGGAGAUCUCCCAGAUCGCCGAGGACCUCAACCUGGACAAAGAUGUGGUCCGGGUCUGGUUCUGCAACCGGCGUCAGAAAGGCAAACGGCUGCUGCUGCCCUUUGGCAACGAGGCGGAGGGAGUGAUGUACGACAUGAACCAGUCCCUGGUGACCCCCGGCCUGCCCAUCCCGGUGACGUCCCAGGGCUACAGCCUGGCGCCCUCCCCGCCCGUCUACAUGCCACCCUUCCACAAAGCCGAGAUGUUCCCUCAAGCGCUGCAGCCCGGGCUCUCCAUGAGCAACGGCAACCACUGAACCGGGGGCUGCGGGGGCUGGCGGCGGGGCUGGGCUGGCUCUCUGGGGGCAGCUCCCCCCUGCUUCGCCCCGAGAAGGCACGGGCACGGCCCCGCUCCCGCCCCCAGGGCUGCCUCAGGGCUUUCGGGGUGCGAGGGGCAGGGGAAGGGCUGGGAGCCUGGCACGGGGAUGGUGCCCGCUCUCUGUGGCUGCUCCCAGCGCUUCCCAGUUAUGCGGGUUUACUGGUCCCAGCAGCAUCGGCCCCACUCCGACCUCUUGAGGGGCAGCCUCUCCUGCCCCACUGCACCCCACUGAAGCCUCGUGUCCCCGGGGCGCUGAGCCUGCCCCAGCCCAGCCAAGCUGCUCUCCCACAAGACCCAGAAAAAAAGC